AUGCCACGAUUUAGCUUUAGCUUGGCGGAGAAAGUGGAAUUAUUUGAGACCUCAGAGCGCUCGGUCAUGCUGCCAGAGGAAGAGAGGACAACCGGCGCCUCAGAGGCGCCGCUCGUCUUCCAGGGGUGGCAAGCGGGGGCGCGGAACACCUUGGACUCCCACCUGCGUGAUUUACCGGAACACAUGUCCGCGGUGGGCCAGUCGCGUGGCACUGGUGGCACCGGCAGUGAUGUGCUGCAGCGAAACCGGCUGAGCACUGUGAGGCACUCGAUCGCGGUGAUGUCCGUGAACACGCAGGGCUUGCGGCUCUCCGGCAAGAGGGAAAGCGCCACGGUUCUCGAAGCAGAGGGAUUGGAUCUCAGGCAGCGAAAUCGUAGCUCGGUCUUCUCCUUCGCGGGCAGAGACAUUUAUUUGGACUUCACCAUCGAAGAGGAAUUGGGCAAAGGCGGCUUUGGCACCGUCUAUGGCGGACGACGAAGAAAGGACGGGCUGUCUGUGGCCAUCAAAGCCAUCGGUGUGGCGAGCACCAACCCAGCAGCCUUCCGGAAAGAGCUGGAUCAGGCGCGGAAGCUCAAACAUCCCAACAUUGUGCGAUUGUUGGCCUCCUACGCGGACGAAGCUUGGGCCGAGGUGUUCUUUUUUCCCUAUGGGAUCGGCCAAGGGAAGGGCUGCCGGUGGCAACCUGAAGACGGUUGCGCUGGCGCUGUUCCACCAGGAAAGCCAUUUCCCUGA